UCCAGUUUCCAUAGCUCCCACACAUUCGUCUCCCAUGGCGUCGUCCUCUCUAACUUCUUCUCUCUCUUCGGUUUUGAAUCAGCAGCACUGCAUGAAAAUCCCUAAUAAGUGCUCACUGCUAAGCCUCAGGUUCUUCUCUUUGAAGCCGCACAAGUUGUCGCAGUCGGCCGACCCUCGUAUCUUCUGCUGCCGCCGAACACUGGGACGGAGCUCCGCUUCGGCUUUGUCUCAUAGAUUCUCCAGAAGCUUCUCGCAGUCUCGGUCUCAAUCUCCGGUUUCCAGUGGGAGCAAGUUCUCAGAUAUUCCGAGUCUCCAUAAUUUCAUGCCCAAAGCCACAGCCGCUGUCACUGAUGCUGGCGUCUCGGAUCCGCAGCUGGACUUGGUGAGUUCAUCUGAUGUUCUUCCAAGAGGUCGUAUAUACCAUGAAACUUAUGGAUGUCAGAUGAAUGUCAAUGAUAUGGAGAUUGUUCUAUCAAUCAUGAAGAAAGCUGGAUAUAGUGAACUGGUUGAGGUUCCUGAGAGUGCAGAAAUCAUAUUCAUUAAUACUUGUGCAAUCAGAGAUAAUGCAGAACAAAAGGUGUGGCAGAGACUUAAUUAUUUUUGGUUUCUGAAAAGGCAUUGGAAAAGUAAUGUUGCUACAGGAAGGUCACAGUCCCUGCACCCUCCAAAAGUAGUUGUACUGGGGUGUAUGGCUGAGAGGCUGAAAGAGAAGAUAUUGGAUGCAGAUAAGAUGGUUGAUGUCGUCUGUGGGCCUGAUGCUUAUAGAGACUUGCCAAGACUGUUAGAUGACGUAGACUCAGGCCAUAAAGGGAUCAAUACACUUCUCUCCCUUGAAGAAACCUAUGCUGACAUAAAUCCAGUGCGUAUCUCAAAGAAUUCAAUAAGUGCAUUUGUCUCUGUAAUGAGGGGUUGCAAUAAUAUGUGUUCAUUUUGCAUUGUUCCUUUCACCAGAGGCAGAGAGCGAUCACGUCCUGUGGAGUCCAUUGUUAGAGAGGUGGCAGAGCUUUGGAAGGAAGGCGUGAAAGAAGUAACUCUUCUUGGACAAAAUGUGAAUAGUUAUAAUGACACAUCAGCUGUGGAAGAGGUUGAAUCUGGAGUGAACUGGAAGUAUAGCAAUGGCUUUUCCAGCAUGUGCAAAGUCAAGAAUAUGGGUUUACGCUUUGCUGAUCUGCUUGACAGACUUGCAACAGAAUUUCCAGAUAUGCGAUUCAGAUAUACUUCUCCUCACCCAAAAGAUUUUCCAGAUGAGUUGUUGUAUGUCAUGCGAGACAGAUAUAAUAUCUGCAAAAGCAUCCAUUUGCCUGCACAAUCAGGCAGCAGUACAGUACUAGAAAGGAUGCGCAGGGGAUAUACACGAGAAGCAUACCUAGAUCUUGUUGAAAAGAUCCGUACUAUAGUUCCUGAUAUGGGGAUAAGCAGUGAUUUCAUAUGCGGUUUUUGCGGCGAAACAGAGGAAGACCAUCAGGACACUUUAAGCCUAAUUAGGGCCGUCGGCUAUGAUAUGGCAUACAUGUUUGCUUACAGCAUGAGGGAGAAAACCCAUGCCCACAGGAACUACGUUGAUGAUGUUCCUGACAGUGUAAAGCAGAGGAGGUUAACAGAACUUAUUGAAGCUUUCCGGGAGAGCACAGGUCAAUGCUAUGACUCAAAAAUUGGGUCUGUCCAACUUGUAUUAGUCGAAGGGCCCAACAAGAGAGCACCCGACACAGAGCUCAUUGGCAAGAGUGAUAGGGGCCACAGGGUAUCAUUUACUAAUCUUCCAGUUCAGGAUAGAAACGACCACAAUAUCAAGCGGAAUCCAGAGGUUGGUGAUUAUGUGGAAGUUCGCAUAUCAAAAUCAACUAGGGCGUCUCUUCAUGGAGAAGCACUUGCCAUCACCAAAUUGAGCUCAUUCUAUGCUGAGAUGCAUGAAGAACCUCUUGCUAACUGCUG